AUGCCCUCCACACUGGCGAGCGAACAGCGCGAGAGUGGGGCGACACAACCAGGGAUCGCUGCGGCCUGCCACGGCCUCCUGUCUCGCACGACAGAGCGGCACCUACGGCGUACCCACCCCCACGUCGCCGGGCUCGACGAGUGUGGCGUUGGAGCCAUAGCUGGGCCCGUUGUUGCCGCCGCCGUCCUUCUCCCAGAGAGCGAGGACGCGGCCGCCUGGCUUCCGGCUGGCGACUGCAAGUCGCUCUCCCGCGCCGCCCGGCUCGACGCGUACGAGCGGUUGCGCGCCGCGCCACGUGUGCUGUGGUCGUGCGCCGCAGUCGACCACAGAGCCGUCGACUCGCUCGGACCGCAAGCCGCCGCUCACGCGGCGAUGCGGCUGGCGGCGGCGAGGCUGGAGCGGAAAGCAUGUCGCUCGUGCUUCUACUACCUGGUGGACGGCGAGGCGGUGCCUGCGGGCCUGCGCGGCGAGGCGCACGUUCGCUGCGACCAGUCCGAGGCGUGCGUCGCCGCUGCCUCCAUCGUCGCGUCGGUGGCGCACGAGGUUGCGAUGCGGUCGCUAGGGCGGCGCCACGGCCUGUGGGACUUGCCCACCAACCUCGGUUGGCCGAGCAGACAGCACAUGCGCCUACUCCUGCGACACGGGCCCAGCGGCUGCCACCGCGGCAGCUGCUUCCCCUUUGCGCCGCGGUACGGUCGCCGGCUCGCGUCGCAUCCCGACCGUGCAGCGUACACUGUCGUGCAGCGCGAGCUGCGGCGCGCGCGCAGCGAGGAUGCGGAGGCCCAGCACACACUGAUGUCAGUCAGCCAGUCAGUGUCACUCACGUCCCAGUACGGUUGA